UCCACUGUCCUUCCUUGUGUACGGAUCUGUGUAGACAGAGAGGGAUUGAAGUCAUUUCAGAAAGUGAAUUUGACUGGUAAAAGAGAAAGAGCAAAAUCAUAUGGGAUUUGGGUUUGGAUUUGGAUGGUUGUGAGUGACCCACCUCCCUAUAAACUCCAUCAUCUCGUACAGUUUCCCGUUUCACCCACUUCCUGACCUCCCUCGCUCGCUUCCAACAUUGGAAAUUCCUUCUCCAUCGUCACCAUCAUGGUCUGUACCAGAAAAUGAACUCCGCUAUCAUCCGUGUCCAUACCUCCUCGGCAAAACCGACGCUUUGAUCCGCGUGCACACUGUUCUCUUCAAAUAUCAGCGAAACACCUUCCUCCAGACGCAGACAUUCAUGGAGAAAUCUGGGUAUGGCCGUGACGGCAUCUACAGGUCUCUCAGACCUCCUCUGGUUCUGCCCAAAGACCCCAAUCUCUCUUUGGUCUCAUUCCUCUUCAGAAAAGCAUCUUCCUACCCCAGGAGGCCCGCUCUCAUCGAAGCCCAUUCUGGGGAAACCGUGAAUUUUUCCCAGUUCAAAUCCAUGGUCAUCAAGGUCUCCCAUGGCUUAACCCGACUGGGUCUAAAGAAAAACGAUGUCGUUUUGAUCUUCGCUCCCAACUCCAUCCAAUACCCCCUGUGUUUCUUCGGCGUUAUCGCCAUCGGCGCCAUCGCCACCACCGCUAAUCCGCUGUACACCGUCGCCGAGAUCCAAAAACAAGUCAAAGAUUCCAACGCCAAACUGGUUAUAACCAUUCCUCAAUUGUGGGAAAAAGUGAAGGCACUAAAUUUGCCAGCUGUCAUCUUAGAUUCUGCAGAUACCUCCAAAGACACCAUCCAAUCCCCCCUCAAAAUCACAUAUUUCUCCGACCUUGUUAAGAUGGCCGGCGAGGUUUCCCACUUUCCGAAAGCUUCCAUAACCCAAGGCGACACAGCCGCCCUGCUGUACUCCUCCGGCACCACUGGAGCAAGCAAGGGAGUGAUUUUGACACAUGGGAAUUUCGUGGCGGCGGCGCUGAUGGUGGCCAUGGAUGAGGAAUUGAUGGGCGAAAUGCACAAUGUGUUUUUGUGUUUUUUGCCCAUGUUUCAUGUGUUUGGGCUUGCUGUGGUUAUGUGUGCGCAGCUGCAGAUGGGCUACACGAUUGUGUCCAUGCCUAAGUUUGAUCUUGAUGUGGCUUUGAAGUCAAUUGAGAAGUAUAGAGUGACUCAUAUGUGGCUUGUGCCACCAGUCAUGCUUGCUCUGGUUAAGCAGGGGAAGCUGGACAGGUACGAUAUCUCUUCAUUGAAGCACAUCGGUUCGGGUGCUGCACCUUUGGGGAAGGAGUUGAUGGAGGAGUGCUCCAAGAGUCUUCCUCAUGUUGCAGUCGGGCAGGGCUAUGGUAUGACAGAAACUUGUGGCAUUGUUUCAAAGGAGAUACCAAAAAUAGGGAUCCAGCAUACUGGUGCGACUGGACCUCUUGCUUCAGGUGUGGAAGCCCAAAUUAUCAGUGUAGAUACACUAAAGCCUCUUCCUCCUAACCAAUUAGGAGAAAUAUGGGUUCGUGGACCUAAUAUGAUGAAAGGUUAUUUCAACAACCCACAGGCCACAAAGCUGACUAUAGACAAAAAGGGUUGGGUGCAUACUGGAGAUGUUGGAUAUUUUGAUGAGCAAGGGAAACUGUUUGUUGUUGAUCGAAUUAAAGAGCUAAUCAAGUAUAAAGGUUUUCAGGUCGCACCAGCAGAGCUUGAAGCGCUUCUUGUUUCACACCCUGAAAUACUAGAUGCCGUUGUUAUCCCAUUUCCUGAUGCUGAAGCUGGAGAGGUACCAAUUGCAUAUGUUGUCCGCUCACCCAAUAGUUCACUGACUGAAGAAGAUGUAAAGACAUUUAUUGCAAAUCAGGUUGCACCCUUCAAGAAAUUGAGGAGGGUAUCAUUCAUAAACACUGUUCCAAAGUCUGCUUCAGGGAAGAUCCUCAGAAGAGAGCUUAUUGAGAAAGUACGAGCCAAACUAUAGGGAAGACUGGAUUGCCUUCUCCAGACAAUCUUAAGCUGGGUUUCUUUCUACUAUUGGUUUCGGACUUUUGCAUCAUAUCUAAGGGAUUCCUUGGUUCGGGCAGAGAGAUUUCAAGAAAUGGCAGAUCGAUUCACAUGAACAAAGAAGUGGUGGACAUAGAACCAUUUAAGUAGGCAUGUUGGACUAACAAGGGAUACUGAAGCAGGGGCAAUUGGACUCUCCCAUAUAAAAUAAUGGGUGGUCUCUUUGAUGUUCUGAUCCGUUGCUGCUAAAUCAGGAUCUUCAAUAUAUUCCUGAAGAAAGUAACAGCUGUCCGUACAAGUUAACAAAUAAGGUCCAACCAAGUUGUUGACUUA